AUGGGGGCCUGUGUGUCAACUCCAGAGGGGUGUGUAGGUGGCAGAUUGAGGUCUUCAAAAAAGAUGAAGAUACGCAGGAAAGGCAAGAGAUGUACUUCUGUCAAGAGAAGAUCAGUGCCGCCAUCUAGAACAUUAUCUGAUGGCAAGUCUGAUGGCCCUUCUGCUACUGCUCCUCCUCUUCAUCUUCCUUCCUUCACCAACCCCACUUUUCACGCAGGAAGCAUUGAGGAGGCAUGGUUUGACUCAGCUGCUAUAUUUGAGUCUGAUUGUGACGAAGAUUUUGAAAGUGUUCCAGAUGAUAUCUUAUCUCUAAAUGGACUUGAAGGUGUAUCACUGUCAAGUAUUGCAUCUGGCAGAGUUGCCAAUCAUGGAGACUGUAUUGUCAAUAUGCAGCAUUCCUCCUCCACUGAUCAGAUGCUGAAGGCAGGGGGUUUGUCUGCAGGAAAUUCCACAGAUGACUCUGUUAGUGAGGUUACUAAACAAACAAAUAUUCAGGUCCUCCAUCCAGGUUAUGUUGAUUCCCUAUCCAAAUCUGAUGGAAUUUCAAAUGAAGUAAAGCAACCUGUGUUCCUUGAUGAAAUCACCUCAGUGGAUGAAAAUGCUGCUGAAGAAGGAUUAUUAGACAAUUGUGGAAUUCUUCCAGGCAAUUGUUUACCUUGUCUUGCUUCAACCGUCCCAUCUGUUGAAAAGAGAAGAUCGCUAAGCUCCAGUCCGCCAAGCGCAAGGAAAAAGGGUGCCUUAAAACUACCAUUCAAGUGGAAGGAAGGGCAUUCUAGUAACACUUUAUUUUCUUCAAAGAUGAUUCUGCAUAGACCAAUAGCAGGUUCCCAAGUACCCUUUUGCCCUAUGGAAAAGAAAAUGCUUGAUUGUUGGUCACAUAUUGAGCCAUGCAGUUUCAAAGUUCGAGGACAGAAUUAUUUCAGGGAGAAGAAGAAGGAAUUUGCUUCUAACUGUGCUGCAUAUUAUCCCUUUGGUGUUGAUGUAUUCUUAUCUCCACGAAAAAUUGAUCAUAUAGCUCGGUUUGUGGACCUCCCUGUUAUCAACUCUGCUGGGAAUGUCCCACCUAUACUUGUUGUAAAUGUUCAGGUUCCAUUGUAUCCUGCUGCAAUUUUUCAGAAUGAAAUUGACGGAGAAGGAACAAAUUUUGUUUUGUAUUUUAAGCUUUCUGAUAGUUACUCAAAGGAAAUUCCAACCCACUUUCAAGAAAGUAUCAGACGAUUAAUUGAUGAUGAAGUUGAAAAAGUCAAAGGGUUUCCUCUAGAUACAAUUGCACCCUUUCGAGAAAGGUUGAAGAUAUUGGGCCGUGUUGUAAAUGUGGAAGAUCUUCAUUUAAGUGCUGCAGAAAGGAAGCUCAUGCAGGCUUACAAUGAGAAACCUGUUCUUUCACGUCCUCAACAUGAGUUUUACUUGGGACAUAAUUACUUCGAGAUUGACAUCGAUAUGCAUAGGUUUGGUUAUAUCUCUAGGAAAGGUUUUGAAGCAUUCCUAGACAGGCUUAAAAUUUGUGUGUUAGAUGUUGGCCUCACAAUUCAGGGGAACAAAGUUGAAGAGUUGCCAGAGCAGAUCUUGUGUUGUAUAAGAUUAAAUGGAAUUGAUUACAUGAAGUACCACCAGUUGGGGUUAAAUCAAGAGCCCUUUGAAAGUGGUUAA